AGGAAGAAAAAUCUACAAUCCCAUAGUUGCCUAGCUUAUCUCCUGGCCUAGCUUAUUUGCUUUUUGUAAUUUUCAAAUAUUUCUUUUUCUUUCAUGAAAAGAAAGUCUUGUCAGUCACCCAAGUAACGGAGCCGCUGCCGGUUCCGGCAUAGCAACCUCUCUUUCCUUCUUCCUCAUAUCGAGCCCUUCUGAUUUGCUCUUUCUGCUUCCCUAUCAUGCCCAAAUCCUGGUGCAACUUUACUUCAAGGCCUCCCUGAGCCAACUCUUGCAGCUAAUUUUCUUCCUAAUUCUCCACAGUCCCGACCCUUUUCUUUUGUGGGUAAACAACAAAACAAUAGAAACUCAGUCGUGGUUGUAAGCUACCGGCUGUCUCCAUCAUCUAGGGCUUUUGGUUCUUCCUCUACCUAACUAUUUCAAUUCUUGCUUUUUAGGGUUUUAGAAUUCUUUUCUUUCCUCGUAAUUUUUUUUUUUAAAGUGGUUUCUGUCAUCUGGGAUUGUCGAGGAAUGGAGGAAUACAAUAAUCACCUUAACGAGAAUUCAGCUCCGAGGGGGAAUUUCCUGUACGCGUCACCGGUGCUUGCAGUGAAUUCUUCUGGUUAUGGGAGGACGAGCAGUGGGUCAAACGUGGGAAAUCAGCAAACCCAGAUGCCCAUCAACUCCUUUCCUCUUCAAUCCGGCGGAGAGUGUUUUCAAUCGGAAUCACACCCAAUCGUGAAGACCGAAGCCACCACUUCGCAACAUGUUCAGAAAUUUCAUUACCCUUUGAUGAGAGUUCAGCAACAGCAUCAACAACAACAAGGGAAUGAGAACUCCGGUGAUGUUGAAGAUAUCAAAGCCAAGAUCAUGGCUCAUCCUCAGUAUUCCAACCUCUUGGAAGCUUACAUGGAUUGCCAAAAGGUGGGUGCUCCGGCUGAAGUGGUGGCUCGGCUCUCAGCCGCCCGCCAGGAGUAUGAGGCGCGGCAACGAUCGUCGGUGACUUCAAGAGAGACUUCGAAGGACCCAGAACUCGAUCAGUUCAUGGAAGCCUAUUAUGACAUGCUAGUGAAAUAUCGGGAUGAACUAGCGAGGCCUAUGCAAGAGGCAAUGGAUUUCAUGCGUAGAAUCGAAACUCAGCUCAAUAUGCUUAGCAAUGGUCCCGUUCGAAUCUUCUCCUCUGAUCAUGAGAAGUGUGAAGGUGUUGGUUCGUCUGAAGAGGAUCAAGACAACAGCGCUGGGGAAACAGAAUUGCCUGAGAUUGAUCCACGUGCUGAAGACCGUGAACUGAAAAACCACCUAUUGAGGAAGUAUAGUGGUUACCUAAGCAGCCUCAAGCAAGAGCUUUCCAAGAAGAAGAAGAAAGGCAAGCUGCCCAAAGAUGCCAGACAAAAGCUACUUAGUUGGUGGGAAUUGCACUACAAAUGGCCUUAUCCUUCGGAGACCGAAAAGGUGGCAUUAGCUGAAUCAACAGGUUUAGACCAGAAACAAAUAAAUAAUUGGUUCAUCAACCAAAGAAAACGGCACUGGAAACCUUCUGAAGACAUGCAGUUUAUGGUGAUGGAUGGACUGCAUCCACAGAAUGCGACUAUCUACAUGGAUGGCCAUUACAUGGGUGAUGGUCAUUACCGUUUGGGACCUUGAGCAACGAUUCUCUUCCAUCCAUGGUUGUUAUUUAAGUUGUAAUGGUUUUAUAUAAAUCAAAUAUAACGGAGAAUUGUGUAGUAGUAAGGCCUCGUGAAUUCAGUCAUCGAUCGGUAUGAUUUAGUGAAAGCUAGCUUUUUUUACAAGCAAUGCCACCAGUAUAAAUUAGGUGAAAGCUAGUGAUCCGUUGCUGGUGGUGAUCAUUCAAGAUGGAGUACUACAGUAGUAAUUGUGCCAUUUACAUCAAUUUGGGAUGCUUUUAUUUGUUUCCAGUGUGGUAGAGGAUCCGGAGCCCCAGUGUGUUACUUUGCUGUAUGUGAUUUGAAUUAUGUAAGGAGGUAAUAGGGCAGAGACAUUUUAAUUUGGAGCAUUUGUACUGUAAACCCUUAUGCAUAUCUGUAAAGGCAACUGUUAGCCGGUAAGUGUAUAUAGUGAGAAGAAACUGAAUAUGAAGUUAAUGAGGGUGCAAUAUUAUUAGUCCA